GGAGAAUUUCCCAACUCACCCUUCUUCUGCUUCUUCUUGUUCUUCUUCUUCUUUUAUUUCUUCUUCUUUUUCAUCUUCUUCUCUUCAAUGUCCUCCUUGAACUCCUUCUCCCCUCCACCCCCCACCCCUUACUUCACCAACCUCGGCUUCGGCUACUCCAUCGCCAUCGCCCUCGGAGUCCUCUUCCUCAUCUCCACCCUCAUCCUCUCCUCCUACCUCUGCUGCCGCACCCUCCGCCACCGCAACAACAACCACCGCCGCCGCCGCCACAACCCCCACGCCCCUGAUGGCAUCGUCCUCCCUCGCGUUAUUUUCGUCGCCGAGGACGACGACGACGGCGCCCGACAGAACGACGCCGUCUCCGGGCUCGAACAGGCAGUCAUAAACUCCUACCCCAAGUUCCCCUUCGUGAAAGACGGCGGCUACGACACCACGUGCUCCAUCUGUCUCUGCGAGUACAAGGAUUCGGAGAUGCUGAGAAUGAUGCCCGAGUGUCGACACUACUUUCACCUCUGCUGUCUCGACCCCUGGCUCAAGCUCAACGGCUCCUGCCCCGUGUGCCGGAACUCCCCCAUGCCCACGCCGCUGUCCACGCCGCUGCAGGAGGUGGUGCCACUCUCGCAGUACGCCGCCGAUGCUAGGGGGAGGAGGUGAAAUUUUCUUAUAGGGUUUUGGGUUCUGUGGGAAGGUUAGAUGAAAAACACCGAGUAAUGUUUUCUUUUCAAAAUUGCAGUUUUAUCUUGGAUGUAAUAAAAAAAAAAGUUUGGUUUUUUAAGCCUCGACGAGAUAAAACUACAAUUUUUAUUAGACAGGGUCACCGAAAUUGUUUAAGAAAAAUUGUAUCAAAAACUUUAUGCAGAAUGUAAAUCUUCCCUGUAAAAGGGAGAUGGUGGGUUUUUAUUCAAAAAAGAAAAUUUGAGAUGAAAGAUGAAGAGGUGGGGUGGGAACAUGUGUAGAAUUAUUGGUAAAGGACCAACUUUGUACCAAAUGUUACUUUUUUAGGGAAAAUUAUCCGCGAUCGCGUUUUGUUAGUACCAUGAUUUGGUAACGAUUUGACAUUGGAUAAUGGGUACUAGUUUUUGUUCUAGGUUUGUUUCUUUGACCUAGUGUGGAAUCUCUUGGUGAGAAUAUUAUACUUUUUCUUUCACUUUUUGUGGGGUUUUAAUUUAUUUAUUUAUUAACUUUCUCUAAUUUGGCUAAGAAAUUGGUUGUGAACUUGUGGUACAUUUUAUGUUUUCCGGGUUUUCAAAUGAUAUGGACCCAUAUGGGGUUGUCGUCAUUAGUAGACAGCUAGCAUUUCGUGCUCAUUCUUUUUUGUUUUGGGCCAAUAUUUACGUUGUCGUAUUCCAAUCGUGAGAUGUUUAUCUAGUUUUGUGCAAACCAGCUUUCGGUAGUGAAUUGUAUUUCAGCCUUACUUAAGCUACACAUUACACAUUUGAGAACAUUAAAUGAUCUAAACGUGGUGUUGCAUGUGGCGCCAGCUUGUUCUUGAAGCUGUGGCAUUAACUAUGGCUGUGUAUCCUCAGUUGUAUUUUCUAGUUUCUUGCUAUUGGCAUUCCUCUAUAUCAGUGCUAGAGUUGAAUAAUCACCACACAUUGUUAAUAUUAUUUUCAGCAAGUUGUGAUUACCUGAAAUGCAAGAUAGGUUUGUGUGUUGACAAUCACUUUUGGCUUAUUGAAAUUAAGUACUUGUUAAGCAAUCACUAGAAAAGUGCUAGGAUAAUGCACCAGAGAAGUGCCAAACUCUAUUUAUUAGUGUACGUAGAAUAUGGAAUAAUCUAUCUCAGUAUCCUUUGAAUCAGUUGUUCAUUCUGAUAUACCAUGUUGUUUCUAUAAAUUAUAAGAAUAUCACUCUCGAUACUCUCAGCUUCAAAGUAAUCAACUUCAAGGUAAUUAAUUUCAUGAUCAGUUUUUCUGUUCUUAUUUCAACUUCGGUUUUGAUGCUAAGGCUGUAUGAAUAUCUUGUGUUUGAGCUGCAAAUGUUCAGUUAUGUGUUAAUCUGAAGCUGCAUAUAUCAACUUCAGUGUGUGUCUGGUACUUUUCUGUUCUGUAA